CAGAUCGACGUCAGACUCGUGAGGUUUGAUCCGACGACGCCGCUCCUCCCUCUCCUGCGUCUUCUUCUUCUUGUUCCGCCUUUCUCGCUCGAGUCGUUCCCCGAGCCGCCAAGAUGCUGUGUGGAGGAACUCACAAGGUGCAGACGGCCACAGCGGACAUCCAAAAGAUCGCCGACGAGAUGAAGUCGCACGCGGAAGAGAAGACGGGCAAGAAGUUCAGCGUCUUCGAGGCGAAGACCUUCACCACGCAGGUGGUGGCAGGGACCAAUUACUUCAUCAAGGUCCACGUGGGGAACGAGGAGUACAUUCACCUGCGCGUGCACGAGCCUCUGCCGCACACGAACGCGAAGCGCAGCCUGCACAGUGUGGAGCACCCCAAGAAGCUGGGCGACGAGCUGAAGCACUUCGGCUGAGCCGGAAUCGCCAGUGGCCACGCGUGCGUGCUUGUGCGUGCGCGUGUGCUUGCGCGCGCCCGCUCGCUCGCCAGAGCAGAGCACGCAAAAUGCGUUACAACCGACCGCUCGGUUACUGCCACCACCCUUUUACCACGACUCUUGCGAUUGUGUAAAUGACGGCCCAUUCCCCAUUGUUAAUGCACGGUGCAAUCGACGUUCAUUUGUGCUGGCCUCGGUUUAUUUGAUGCGUCAUGAUGCCGUGGCGACAGGGAAGCAGACCAACACUGUGGGUUUCCGCCGGACCGGCUCAAUGUUUUUUGGAUUUUCCGAGAAGACAAACUUAACAAUUUGGACCAAAAUCCUAGUCUGCUAUUUUCUUCCAUGAACCGCCGUCUUUGCAGUUUGAGAAAUUGACUUUUCCUGCUCGCUGCGAAUUGACAGAUUUGGAGAAGUCGAUUGGCAGAAUUCAUCCGAAUGUCCGCGUAUAGAAAUGCAUUGUAGAAAAUUACGGGUAAAAAUGAUACGUAGAACUCGAGUUAUAAAAAUACGAUGAAAAAUAAGAACAGGUUUUAUACCCUUUUUGACAAUAAUACAAGAGGUAUUAAGAUGUUCAAACACCAAAUAGACACCUUUUGCAAGGGACAAAGUCUACAUUAACCACACAUGUGGCAAAACAUGAAUCAAACAUGCUCUGAUAAUAUACGCAUUGUCUUUAAAACUGAUUGGCCUACACCAGAAGACAGCCUUCUUUAUGGCCGUGUCUCACCGCCGGUGUUAAUGCAGAGAACGCCGAAAGGCGAACGGUGCAGAGGCAAUGCGAGUGUCUGAGCAUUUAUAGCUCGGGUAGAGCAGUUUUUACUAAAAAGGUCCCAACACGUUUGAGCAGAACGAUGCAAAUAAAACAUUUCUUGUAGGAGAGCAGGCCUGGUGGUGAAUGACGCGGUCUAUAAAUGGUCUCGCGUGUUUAAGGGAAAAACUCGCGGGCUGAAACUGCAGUAAACGUUGAUUUUGUACGAGAGAUGUAUUAAUUUGUGAGCUUCUGAAGUACAAUCCUGGUGUGUUCGGCUGCGGAUCGUGGGUGUGGGUUUAGCUGAUUGAUCAAUAAAUGGCUUUAAAAAAAAAGCA